AUGGUCCCCACGGCAUUGUUCAGCUCAUUUGGAGAGGAUGAUUACAACCAAGAUGAUAGUGGAGACGAUUCUGAUAGUGAAGAACCAAGUGAACCCGCUAAGGAGGAAACACCUGCACCAGAGCCCGAGCCCAAGAAGGAUGGUAAGCGUGUAAUCCAAUAAAA